AUGGAGACUCGACAACCUUUGAUGAGUUUGCCAUCAAAUGAUGCAUAUCAAUCAUCAUCGUCAUCACCAUGCAGCCCGCGCUCGACGCCGCCACGCGCGGCCUCGGAAUCGCCUUCCUCGCCAUUAUCGGCCCUGUCAAAAACGCCAUCGCUGCCCAAUUCUCCCAUCUGCCCGAGCAACUCUGCCAGACGCUACCCCUCGCCCGAGUCGCUUCCGGCCGACGCGUCUGGCACGCAAACCCCUGUGAAGCGCGGUGAUCGUUCCUCCAGCCAAUCUGACGACGGUAGCGAGCGCCCCUCCAAACGUCACAAGCCGGCCACCCCCAGGCAGCGCACAACCAAGUACCUCAACCUUUCCAAAUCGCAUGGCGACUUCACGUCGGAGGACUCGGCACAGAUGGACCGCCUGCUGUCCGUGCUUCACAAGAAAAAGAAGAUCGUCGUCGUCGCCGGUGCUGGCAUUUCCGUCUCGGCUGGCAUCCCUGACUUUCGCUCCUCCAAUGGUCUCUUCGCUACCACCAAGAAACAGUACAACGUAAAGUCCUCGGGCAAGCACCUGUUCGAUGCAUCCGUGUAUAAACACGACUCGUCUACUCAAUCCUUCCAUAAAAUGGUCCGCGACAUGUCCGCCAUGUCUGCCAAGGCAGUCCCCACCCCUUUUCACCACAUGCUGGCUUCUCUCGCACAGGAGGGUCGCCUUCUCCGACUCUACUCGCAAAAUAUCGAUUGCCUCGAUACCCAAAUGGAGCCUCUCGAAACCAAGGUACCGCUUAACCCCAAGGGCCCCUGGCCGAAGACCAUACAGCUGCACGGCGGCCUGCAGCACAUGGUCUGCACCAAAUGCUCCGAACUGUCACCUUUGAAAGCCGAACUUUUCAACGGACCCGAGCCUCCUUUAUGCGCGGCCUGCACGGAACAGGACUCCAUUCGUACUAUUUACGGUGGCAAGCGCAGUCAUGGCAUUGGCCGCCUACGGCCCAGAUUCGUCCUCUAUAACGAAUACAAUCCCGACGAAGAGGCUAUUGGUAACGUGUCCAGUGCCGACCUGCGCACACGUCCAGACGCGGUUAUAGUUGUCGGCACCACGCUCAAGGUUCCUGGCACACGGAGACUUGUUAAGGAACUUUGCCAGGUCACCCGAGGCAGGAAAGACGGUUUCACCGCCUGGAUUAACCUGUCACCAGAACCCAAGGGCAUAGACUUGAAGGACUGCUGGGACAUGGUGGUGCAGUCCGAGUGCGAUAACGUUGCCCGACUCACAGCUUUGCCGCCUUGGAGUGUCGAAAUUGGCGACGCCUAUCUCGUUCCCAAGGAUGAGCUUGGCAACAACAAUACCAACAUCGAGGUCGCUCUCACCUCAACACCACCCGCUUCAGACACCAGCAUCAUCGACACGCCACAACUCACCAUAGAGGAUGCGCAGGCCAUCCCAACGCCAAACGCCAGUCCCAAGCUCGCAGCUGUCAAGGCGCCCAAGCAAACCAAACUUGUAUUUGGUAAUACUGGCAAGGAUGUCGCACGCAAACCUUUGAAGGAUUUCAAGCCUCGCCCGCGCAAAAGCAAGCCGAGCAGCAAGGCAGUCCCGCCUAGAGCGAAUGUGUUGGACAAUUUCAAGACGAGCAAGAAUAUGUCUGUUGGCAAGAAGCUCGAUGUCCAGACUCUGGUUAAGAAUUCCACCGUCGAUGAUUUCCAUCCUACGCUAUCUACUGUGACAUUACCAACCCGCGACACUAUAAAAGUGGAAGAGCCAGCAACCCCCGUGUCUGAGACACAAAUCGACCGCGAAACAAUUUCGCCGCCAUCGGUGCCCAACGGGAUGAAGCUGCUUUUGACGUGA